CCGUUCCACGCCACGUUGGAGGAUUUCAACAUAUAAAGGGGAAGCAGGACUGUGACAACCUCCCCCCAAAACUAAAACAUUACUUGAACGAUCUUCUCUGUGACCUGAAAUUUAAUAUCACCAUCCUCUCACUCAUGUCGUUCCACCGACUUCUCGCGCCAGAGGAGAACUCGAUACAAGCUCCAGCUCCACAUCGUUCUAUCCACAGGGAGAAAAUACCCUCCCAGAUCAAGACAUUCUCGUCAAUCUCAGUGGCACUUGCGGACUUCCAAUAUGCUGCCACGAACGUGUCUUCAUUCCUGAAUCACGAGGUUCUCGUCACCGAAGCAUUACUUCGUUCCAAUGCUGGUACGACACUCGGAGGGUUUCUAUUUGCCAUUAUACCACGACUCUUGCUCCCUCCAAUGCCACUCUACUCAGCUCUAGAACUCGUCGUCAAAAUCUGCGUCGUAGGCGUUGGCUUUCAAUAUGCCAUGGACAUCGUCAAUCAAAGGAUGGGCGUUGCUGAAGAUACCGUCAACAAACCGUACCGGCCAAUCCCCGGUGGUUUGAUAUCGCUUCGUGGAGCAGACGCUCGUUGGGUCUUCGCAUGGAUCCUUUUCCCACUGCUGUCAUAUACCUUGUCCGGGUACUGGGUCGGCAUUUGGGCCCUGGUCUGGCAGGCGGAGGUCAGUUUUUGUUACGUAUGGCCCAAACCCAACAAUCCGGUAGUGCGCAACCUCUUCACCGGCGUGGCAACCUUCAUCAUAAUCUCACUCGUCAAUUCGGUCGUUGUGGGGCAACACCUAGGCAGGAACAUGCCUCUUGUGCUACGUGCCUCAUUGGCGGGAUGGGCUGGACUCAUCAUUCAAAUCCAGGAGUUUCAUGAUGUGGAGGGCGAUCGCAUUGCUGGGAAGAAAACACUGCCCUUGGUUCUUGGGGAAACGAAGGUUUGGCUAAUGAGGUAUGCAACGUGCUGGGUGUUCUUUACAACCCAUGCUCUCUUCCUGCUUUGGGGCUUGGUGCUUGCCCAAUCGUCUUCUUGGCCUCAUGGUAUCUACGCUGCAGGAGCUAUGCAGGUAGUUCUCGGAGCUGCGGUUGGAUUGAGAGUCAUAUGGUCGGACUCGAUGGCUAAAGAUAGGGAGACCUAUUUCUACUGGCUGACGGUGCUAUUUUGGCUGAUGAUUGUGUAUAUCAGUCUACUGAGCACAGCAAUGUAAAUAGAGCGAAACCGGGGAUGCUGGUGCUGGAAGACUACGAGGGCUUCUUAAUUUGACAAUUUGAUUGGGUUUUCUGUUCAGAUGACUGGCCGAGCCUCGUUUCGAAGGGCUCCGUUGUCUUGCGCCAGCUCACAGAGCUGUGGUGUCUAUGGAAUGCAUAUAGUCUGAUUUUAUCGAUAUAAUCAUAAGGGGUC